CUGGCAUCGAAGGGAAAAGCCAGAAAUUAGCCUUGCCCCGAGCUGAGCUGCCUGCUUCUCCUGAAGUUUGGGAAGGAAGGGGACUACAGAGGGGCUGUCCUUGCAUUUCAUGUUUCGUCAGCCCGACAGCAUUUUGGCGUUGAUACCAUCUUGCUCCUACCUGUUCCUGGACAGUGGCGGGGAGGAGAAGAGGCACCGUCCCACCAUGUCUCGUUACAGCCUCCAUAACCUCCUGGACUGGAUGUAUGGGGGGGUGGACCCCAGCUUCGCUGGCAACGGAGGGCCGGAGUGCGCGGCCUUUCUCUCUGGGCAGCAGCGCUUUCUGGAGAGCUUGGUCUUCCUCAGCGUGGGCAUUGUGGAGAUCCUUCUGUCCCUGUGGAAGCUCCGGCAGCUGCAUUUCAGGGAGCUGGAGGAUCAUCUGCUGCAGCAGCCCCAGACUAAGCAGGAGAGCUUGGGCAAGAACGUGCUGCUGGUGGUGCUCUGCCUCAUCUUCGGGCUGGAGGUGGGGUUCAAGUUUGCCACCAGGACUGUCAUUUACCUCCUGAAUCCCUGUCAUGUGGUCACUAUGAUGCAGAUUUUUCUUCUUGCCUGUCCUCCAUGUCGGAUUGCAAUGAUUCUCUUCAGGUUGCAGAUGCAUAUGCUGAAUGGGGCCCUCUUGGCAUUACUGUUUCCUGUUGUUAAUACGCGCCUGCUUCCAUUUGAAAUGGAAAUUUAUUACAUCCAGCAUGUGAUGCUUUAUGUUGUGCCCAUCUAUCUGCUGCGGAAAGGAGGUAUCUACACUCCAGAACCACUCUGCAAUUUCUGGUGGGCUCUUUUAUCCACGGGGUUUAUGUUUGUGUAUCAUUUUAGCAUCUUGCAGAUUCUGGGAUUGGUUACAGAAGUGAAUUUGAACAACAUGUUGUGCCCAGCCGUCUCAGAUCCUUUUUAUGGGCCCUGGUAUCGAAUCUGGGCAUCUGGACAUCAGACUGUCAUGACCAUGACUCACGGAAAGCUUGUAAUCCUACUGUUUUACAGUGCUGUCCCCAUCUUUAAAUAUAGCGUGGACUUGCUUAGACUCCCAGCUAAGAAAAUAGACUGAGAUUUCUCCCCACGGAGCAGUACAUACAGGAAGCAGAGACACUUAUACUGGAAAACAAAGAGGAGGGAUGAGAGGACAAUGUGUUUAUACUUCUCCCCACAGUUUAUUGCCUCAAAAACACCUCUGUAAUCAAGUGAGGGUAUUUUUAACUGCUGUUUCUCACUGCCUAUUGCCAGUGGCAAAAUUAGUGGCCUUAUUCUGGAAAAGGUUCGUGUUUUAUACAUUUUGUGUAGAUUACAGUAGAAUCUUGCUAAGCCACCGUUUAAAAUUAGGCCAGGAUCUCAUUCCAGCAAAGAGAGUGGCAGUGCUACCUCGUUUUGACUUAUUUUCCAUUAAAUAUAAGUACACUUAUAUGGUAGGAUAGGAAAUAAAGCUGAAUUGCAACACUCCGCUGAUGUGAACAGAACACAUGUUGAAGUGCUUCAUCCUGGCUUAACUCUUAGCACUUGAAUGCUGCAAAAUGGUCACAGUGAAACGUACGCUUAAUCUCCCACUCCUUAAGUGGAAAACACUGAGGUUCUAUUUCUUUAAGCUGGUUGAAAAUGUUGGGGAACAAUAACUCAUUCAAAAAAAACCUUUUUUUUUUUUUGACUACUUGAUUUCUAAGCUGCUGUGGAUAAAUAUUUAGCUGGCUAAGUCCCAUCAGAUCUUGAUGCUUUGGAGAUGCUUUUAGUUGAGUGAGUGGAAAAUCACCAUGUUGAAAUAAUUUCAAAAGACCAUGUUACGUAUAAGCUACGAUAAGAUAUUUCAUCCAGUGUUCUGACCUGACUUUGAACAAAAUGUUUUUUUUUUACUUAGCUUAGACUGGAGAGGGAGUGGAGAUACAAAGUCCAAUGUAAACAUCUGGGUUUUCUUUUUUUACUUACUAGCUUUUGAAACAUUCCUCCUCUGUGUUCUACACUGAUCCUCAGUAGAGUGGUUAGUGAAGAAACAAAAUGAAGUCAUGUUGUCU